AUGCCCGCCCUUUUAUCAGUAUUAGCUUCAUUGAGCUUGAUAGAUUUCUUCAAUAUUCUUUUUAUUCUGUUGAUUUUCUAUGUUCUUCGAUUUUACAUUGAUUACUUUGCACGUGAAAAUCCUCUUCCCGGUCCAUUUCCUUUACCUCUCAUCGGAAGUUUAUACCAAGCGCAAGGUGAAAUGAAACAUUGGGAAAAUUGGUACUUACAUCUUCAUAAGAAAUACGGUGACAUAUUUGAAGUUUGGUUCGGCCCAACACGUAAAAUAUUUUUAAGCAAAUCGGGACUAAUUGAAAAACUUGCAGCGAAAUCAACAAAGAGCAAUUUUCUUUUACGAUAUAGCAGUGGCUCAUAUAAAGGAUUAGAACAUUACGCCAAUCCACGAAGAGGAAUGUUUUUUAACGGAAAUAUUUCACACUGGAGAUCAACCCGUAAAGUGAUCGAUAAUUUAUUAAUGUCACCCAAUUAUCAGCGCGAGACUUUAAAAAAAUCGCAAAUUUAUUUCGCGGAGAUGGAAGAAUACUGGAAACUACUUAGAAAUGAUAACGCUUUACUUUUAUCCGCAUGGGCAAAGAACUUUUUAACAGAUUUAAUGUAUGAUUUGAAUGUUGGAAGGCGAUGCUAUUUUAUGGUGAAGUAUUUCAAUUCCCUUGCAAAUUCAGGAAAAAAGGAAAUACCAACAGAAGAAUUAAAUUUUUGCAAUGAUCACGAACAAGCAACUUCAGUUAUAGGAGAAGCGCUCAUAUUCUUUUUUACGUCGCCCGAAUUGGUAUGGCGAUAUCUUUUCGCUCACCGUACCCAACGAUAUAUUCAAUCUCGUGAAACUUGGCAUAGAUCUUAUGAAAAAUUUAUUCAUCAACGCCUUGAUCAACGAGCACAGAGUGGUUACGACUCUAAAUUAAAGCCGGAUGCAUUGAAUCUACUUCUUGACUUGAAAGAAGAAUCUGCACUGAAUAAUAAAGAUAAUGGAGGUGACAAUUAUCGCAUGGAUGAAGAAGAUAUUCGGGACUCAUUACAAGAGAUUAUGAAUGCUUCCGCAUCUACGACUGCCGGUGUAUUCGGUUAUAUUAUAGAAUAUAUUGGGCGAAUUCCCGGAGUUAAAGAGCAAGUUGAAAAAGAAAUUCGAGAUCAUGCAAGUUCAAAAACUAAUACAAUAAAUAUUGAAGAAUUUGCACAAUUUAAAUACAUCGAGGCGGUAAUCUAUGAAGUUCUUCGCGUAAGAUCCGCAUUUAUGAUCGAAAGAACAAAUACCCAAGAAGAAACAAUCGGCGGAUACAAAUGGAAACCAGGCACCAAAUUUUGUGUCAAUAUUCAACCAAUCCAUUUCAAUCCGGAUAUCUGGCAUGAUCCCAACGAAUUCAGACCAGAGAGAUUCUUGAACAGGGAGAUUAAAAAUCCAAAAACUUAUCUUUCUUUUGGUUUAGGAUUGCGAUCAUGUCCCGGACGAUUAGUAGGAAUAACUAUCUUGAAAGCGAUGACAGUUUUGUUGUAUCGCAAGUAUAAUGUGGAGCUACUUGAUACUGACAUGCCUAUAAAAUAUCAAAACAAAUUCGCUAAUGCUUGCAUUGGAGCUAGGGUUAAAUUGACACCAAAGAAAUAG